AUCAUGCGUUCAUUUUCGUUCUUCAAAUUUUGGUGUAAAGGUUUUUGGAAGGGUAAUGACGUUUGAACAGUUAUUGGUAAAAAUGCGACACCCAUGUGAGAUGUCUCUCAUGAUAUUCAGGAGAGCGUAUGUCACAGCGUCAACUGCAAAAACAGCGAAUUCUGACCAAAAAGUAGGAUUGAAAGCAGCAGACAUCGCGAGAAAACUUCGGAGUGAGAAACAGAAACAGACAGUUAUCAAAAAAGAGGUUCCGGUGUCGCCUUUACAGACGAGAGUAAAAGAACUCCAACAGUUCACGCAACAACUACAGUCUGUGCACCCUAGUGUAUUUGCUAAGGCACUUUACAGGAGCAUCCUUUAUCAAGACCAAAACAUACUAGUCGUAAAUAAACCCUUUGGCGUGCCUGUUCAUAGUGUAGAUGGUAUCAGGAACAGCAUUGCGGAAUGUCUGCCUUUGCUUGCUAAAAUAACCGAUGACAUGCAAGCAGGAUCAAAUUUUCACAUCUGUCACAAUCUGGAGAAAGAUAGUACCGGAGUUUUGAUUUUGGCGAAAACAAAGGAAGCUGCUGAACAUGUGCACACACUCAUCAGAUCACAUCAAAUACAAAGAAAAUACUUAGUGAUUACUGUGGGCGUGCCUGUCCCAUCUGAAGGUGUGAUAGAUAUUCCCAUAAUAGAGAAGGAAGUUAUGGGACCUCAGCCGCACUUUAAGAUGGGUCUAAGCCCAUUGUUCAGAGUAUGUGAAGGCGGAGAUGGAGUGACCAGGGUAAGAGCUCAUCGACAAGCAGAGAGUGCAGUCACACAGUAUCGAGUUUUAGACAGCACCAAUGGCUGCAGCUUGGUGGAACUGCGGCCUGUCACAGGAGUAAAACACCAACUUCGAGUGCACAUGGCCCUUGCUUUGGCCUGUCCCAUUCUGGGAGAUCAUAAAUAUGCUAACUGGAAUAAACUAGCACCUCAGAAGCUGCCAGAGAGUGCGCUGCGACGGCUGGAUCUGGUACAGAGUAAAACCCGAUAUCUCCCGCUUCACCUCCACUCCCGAAGGAUUGUCUUGCAAGGGGUCAAAGGUCAUCAUGAAAUCACAGUGUCCUGUCCUCUUCCAAAAUAUUUCACCAAUGCUUUGAAGAAACUACAGAUCCCACUACCAGGAAAGGAAUGUGACUGAUCACUCAACUAAAUGUUCAAGAUCAGCUGCAUUGAGGUUAAGAGGAACUGCUUUAAUGUUGCAAAUAAAGGAUAUUUAUAGAUAAUUUUUUUAUGGCAUUGUGUAAAGUGUUACAACUUUAAUUAAAAGGAAAACUGGAAAUG